AUGUCAGAAACUAGUCCUGAAUCUCCAUUAGCUGUGGCCAAAUUGUUACGUCAUCACAAAGCAUUGAAACAAAGAAAAGGUUUAUUACAAAAUAGACCUAUUGAAUUUUUCCGCUACAAGAGAUUUAUAAGAGCAUUGAAAUCAGAUCAAUACACCAAGAAAUCUAACAAUCAACCUGAUUUAUAUCCUAUAAUUGCUGCUGAUGACAAAGAUGAAAGUGCAAGAAACGUCUUCAUCUCAUUAAUUAAAUCUCAAUUGAUUGUACCAGUAAUAAAGUUACACAGUCAUGAAUGUAAAGAUCAUGAUCUAAAGCCAAAUAAAGAUCAUCCUCAUUUGAUUUUGACUCAAAAGGCAUUAUUAGAAGAUGACGCUUAUUAUGCAUGGAAUCACAAUCCAAAAUCUUGGUUAGAUAUCUUAUCUGUUUUUGGUAUUAUCACUGUUAUUUUAACAUUGGUUUGUUUCCCAUUAUGGCCAAGAUCAAUGAGACGUGGUAGUUACUACUUAUCAUUAGGUGCUUUAGGUUUGUUAGGUUUGUUCUUUGUAUUAGCUUUCAUCAGACUAAUAAUAUAUCUGAUCUCAUUGGCAUUUUUCAAACAGCAAGGAGGGUUCUGGUUGUUCCCUAAUUUAUUUGAGGAUUGUGGGAUCUUUGAUAGUUUUAAACCACUAUAUGGAUUUGGUGAAGAAGGUAACUAUACAUAUAUCAAAAAGUUGAAGAAGAAAAAGAAGAAGCAAGCAGAAAAGGAUGGUGUUACUACUGAAAAAUCAAAACUGAAAUCUAAAUCUAAAAAACAAAUAACUGAAAAGGGUAAUUAG